AGUGUUGUUCAUGUCUAUCUAUGGUGAUGCAUCAAAAAGUUUCAAGAAAUUUUUUUUUGUUGACUAGCACAAGUCCUUGACAUUUAAACUCUUGGGGUCUGUGUGAGGGGUGUGAUCUUUUCUAAUUUUAUUGAAUUCUUUUGUUUUAGUCUCUAUUUAAGCUGCAUCAGAUAAAAAGUUUAGUUUUUGUCUUUAGCUUUAUUUUCCUUUUCUUUUCACUGAGCCUAGCUUUAUAUGGAACUAUGAGAAAUGAACACUUUUAUGUGCCUAGUAUCUUGGAAUAGUAGAUCAAAACACUGUUAUGGGCCUGGCCUUAUUGCUUGUGAUGCUUUCAUCCCACACUGACACCCACAUAAAUGCCUACAUCUAAUGUUCAUUAUUUCAUGCUUCUUCAAUGUACUGGCGAUGUUUGGUUACACUUUUGAACUUUUCUACCCAAAUUCUCUCUGUCUCCUCCCUCUCUACUUUUGGUUAGUAAAGUUUCCCCUGUUUUGACAAAUUUAUUCAAACACCAUACUAGUACCUAUGCAAUAGUUGGCUCUAUAUCUAUUCACCAAAAAAGGAAGCAAAAAUAUUUUACAAUAUACAAUGUUAGUGUAUGAUAUGAAGUUAUUUUGACUUGUUAUUUGGGAUCUCGAAUUCCGUAUGUGAGCGCUUAAGUUUCUUCACUUGCAAUGGAAUUAUGGUAUGAUUACCUGUUAAACAUUCCUAAAACCUCAGUUUCCUUCUUCUAUUAGUAUUUGGUGUUUUUUUGAGAGAUUAUAUAAUUCUACCAAUUAACAUCAGAAACUCUUACCAUAUACAAUUUUGGGAAGUUGAUUGGAAUUGUAACAAGCACGUCAGUAGCAAGCUUUCCUUUUGUAUCUCAGUUUUCACAUUUUUUUAAUCAGAGUAUACGUUUCUACAAUUUCUUCAUAUUGCAAUUUCUCCCAAGAAUAAGCAUAAUUAAAGAAGGCAUUUUUCCAAUUGCUGAUGCAUUACUCAACAUUCACUAGGCAUAGAAGUUGAAGUCUGAUGAUAGUCAGAAAAAAAAAAACUUAAAAAGUAUUAAUUUCUGUUACAGGCAUGGGAACUAAAAUUGAAUAUUCCAUAAAUCUUCUAGCAUCCUCAGUAGACAGCAACAACUUCAUUGUGGGUGGUGUGGAUGUCUGGGAGCAUUAUCAGAACAAAGGAGUGACUAACAACCAUUGCAGUAUUGGAGUGAAUAAAUUGCAAGAUCCCAUGGAUAGGAUGCUUGACAGAAACAACUUAGAAUCCAUCAAAAAGACAAUGCAGAUGCAUGAGGACAUCUUCAAACACCAGGUAAGGGAGCUACACCGGGUAUACAGUGUGCAAAAGAUGAUGAUGAAUGAUCUAAGAAAGGAAACAAAACAAAACAAAAUUUGGACCCCUAUGAAUGGCAUAGACAUAAGCCGCCAUCCUCAUAUCCUUCAACAACACCACCAGCAAAGUACAAUAAUUUCAUAUGGACCUGGUUUGCAUGUUCAAAGUUUGAGAGAGGAGCUAUGCUCAAAAGAAAGGAGUGGAAGCUGUUCUGGAGAGACCAUAAAAAGGCAAAGGGGUUUUGAUCUAGAAAGGCCUGCUGAGAGAGACAUUUUUGGAGGCUGUGAUGAAGGUGAGGCAGGACCUAGCUCCUACACUUGUAAAAUAAGCAAUGGCGAUGGCUUUGAUGAAGACAUGGAAGUUGAUUUGACUUUAAGUAUAGGAGGAAGCCAAGUUAAGAAGAAUAAUAAGAAGUCUUAUCUGCUUCCAUUAGGGUGCUCAGACUCACCCAAUAGGAAAACUAAGGACCUCAAUUCUUCUGUCUCUUUCCAAUCAGAUAGGGUGGGAGAUUGCAGUGACCCCACCACCCCUAUUAGCAGUUCCAGUGUGACAUUUGAUCAAGAAAGAAAGGGGCCACAUUGGCUUUCUCAAGGUUUAAAGCUUAAAUAGGAGUUUAACUUGUUUGAUUGUAUCCUUCCACUCAACUCUCUACAUGGACCACUGAAUUUUUAUGGUUCAUGUGUUCAGAUUCCUAGAUUAGUUUUCACUUUAUUCCAAUAAAUGCAUAACUUACAUACCCACUUCUGUAUGUCCCUUUCUGUAAAUAGGUAGAGUUAGUUUUAUGUGCUUCUUAUAUUACUUUCAUGUCCAUUCUCAAAUGACCAUUAUCAAAUCAAAAGGGUUAAUAUUUCUUCUUUGC